AUGGAGAAGUUUUCGCAGUUCAGAGACCGAGGUUCGGGUAUCGCGCCCUUCCUCCCCAUUCCUGCCCAGCCUUCCGGUCUCCAGCUCCCGCUGCACAUCUUUCUUUUCUGCUUCCGACUGCCGUUGCUCGUGACGUUCUGUCUCAGCUACUUUUUGGUGCUGCAAUGGCUUCCCAUCGGAUCGCUGGGGAAGAAGGCGUCGCUAUGGUGUAUCCUGGGCAUACCGAGCCUCUGGUGGAUUGACCUCCAGGUCGACGGCGUCAAAAGAGGGUCACUCGCGAAACAGCAUCAGGAUCGCCUCCCGGACGGUAGCUCGAUCAUCGCCUCUUCAUUUACGUCGCCCAUUGACGCCGUCUACCUGGCUGCCAUCUUUGAUCCGGUCUUCACCGCAUCCUACCCGAAUACUACCAAGGUGGAGCAACUGUCCUUGUUCCAGGCCAUCCUACUCUCUUUCUCCUCUCCCGAAGUCACGCCUCGACCCGGGGCUCGCCUGGUAGAUAUUUCGACGCUCCUGAAAAAAUAUCCCAACCGCCCUAUUGUGAUCUUUCCCGAGUGCACGACCACGAACGGACGGGGCGUCUUACCCCUGAGCCGGUCUCUGGUGGCCGUUCCUCCACAGACGAAGAUCUACCCCGUGAGCGUCCGGUACACGCCCGCAGACGUGACGACGCCGAUUCCGGGGAGUUAUUUCACGUUUCUGUGGAACUUGCUGAGCAGGCCGACGCAUUGCAUCCGGGUCCGGAUCGCAGAAUGCGUUACCAACAGCAGCUCCGCCUCCGCAACCAAUCACGUGGACACCAUUGAUGGCACGCCAAGCAGCAGUACCGACACGCUCUUGGGCGACGACGCCAACAGCGACUUGACUCGCGAGCAAAAGGCCGUGCUGGACUAUGUGGGCGAAGCGCUCGCCCGGCUGGGGCGAGUCAAGCGGGUUGGACUAGGUGUUCAGGAAAAGCAGGAAUUUGUGAAGAUGUGGACGAAGACAAAGCGAAGGAGGUAA